AUUCAAAUGAUGAAUGCUCUGUGUAUCGAUGCGCGCAUUGCAUCUUAAUGGGGUUUUCAUUUAAACUCUUUGAAGAGGUUUGCAGUAAACAUUCAUAUUAAACAUGUUUUUGCGAAUUAUUUGGAUUUGCAGUUUAUACGUCCUUGUGUCCGGCGCCAAGCUGGGUGAACAAUGCACGUCGGGCGAUACCUGUGAAACGUUGUUUACGUCAUGCAUCGCGGGGCCGGACGGACAGACUUCGUGCCGAUGUCAGGCUGACUAUAUCGCAGGGGGGGACGGAUGCAAGGCACCAAUUGGCCGCCUGUGUGAUGAAAGUAUUGGAAUGUCGUGUCGCGCCGUAAACGCGUACUGCGUGGCACGUGACGAUACCUCCACGUGCCAAUGUAAACCGGACUACGAGGAAAAGGAAGGCAUGUGCGAAGAGAAGAGCAAGAUGGAGACCGUUGGGAUCGUUAUUAUCGUGGUGCUGUGUGUGGCCUUCACCGUCCUCAUGUGUGUCCUCGCCCAGUCUUUGCUCGAAAUCAGGAAAGCGAAACGCAAGAAGGCUCAAGAAUCCUACGCUAUCAAUCACCAGGACUCUGUUAAGCACUAAAUACGAACAACGACAAGCACUAAUAGGUCUUAUAUAUUGAAAAUGACGUGAGCGAGAAAUAGUUGAAAAUGGCAUCAUAGUUGGUUGUGUUCGUGGUUUGAAGUGAUGAAAGUCAUAGAUAAUAUUUUUUAAAGGUUUUUAUGAUGCCCAAACAAAGUUUUCAUACAAUAUCAACAUAUCAAUGAAACCUUUUGGCGCUUGUCGUGUUUCAUUUGCUUCUUAAUGGAAAGCAUGUACUUUGAAAUUAUCUGACAUUUUCAAUAUGUAAUGUUUGUAGUGAUGUUAUUAGACAUAUCAUCUAAUUUUUACGAAGGAACAUAGCAUACUUAGCAUAAUAUUAUAUGGAUAUGAGAUCCAACUGCUUAUAUACCUUUGUUUAAAUGAUAUUUGACAUAUACUUACUUCGUUUAAGAAGUUUCUUAUAUUCCAAUCGCAUCUUGGUAAAGGUUACUUAAAACUAACUUAUUAUCAUCAACCGAGCUUAAGCAAGAGUUACUAGUGUGUUAUGGACACACCCUCGUUGCCAUUUAAGCAACAAAUACCACCAUUAGAAAUGUUAUAUAUUUUAAUAAACAUUUUGAAAAUAUACUACAUACAACUGUAUUUUAAAAUAAUUUCCAAUUGGAAGUUUUACAAGGACAAGACUGGUUGCAAUUAAUGAAGUUAUUUAAGUCUAUGGAUUCACGAAUUUCUUUUUUAAGCCGAAGAAAUGCGUGUGUGGCAGUACCUCUGAGCAUGUACUCGGUAUUUGUACUCUGUGAAGUGAUCACUAGAAAAUACCUCCAAUAUCUGAUAUUAUUAAUCAACUAUUACGUAUUUGAUGAGAUACAGAGACAAUUGCGGUAUCAAUACCAGACAAUUAAAGACAAUAUAUAUGCCAGAAUUCGCUCAAUAUCUACCAAACUCGGCCAAUAUCAACAAAACGCGCCUAAUAUGAGUUCCUCCGUUUUGAUUGGUCACAAAACUCGCCUAAUAUAGGAUUUGAGAAAUGGGCCAUUUUCAUUGGCUGUCGAAACUCGCCUAAUAUGAAAAAUAUGCUGGAAAUUAUUUUUAAAGGUAGCCAUUUUGUUUUCCGUUUUCCGACUGUUUUGAAUUUUUUGUGCUUCGUAUAACUUUAUUUGGAAUACUUGAACCUAUUGAAUGAUUGCACCACUUUGUACGGUUUGAUAUAACAGUUGCAUUUAACCUGUUGGUGGAUUUAACGACGACUUUGUACGCCAACAAAAUGGACGACGAAGGUGAAACAUUUUACGUUUUGGCAAACGAUUUACAAAAUUUAGACGAAAAGACAUGCUUCCUUACAAUGUACAGUGCUUUAUUCAUAAGUUUGUGCAAUGUCACUAUAAGGAUACAUGUCAAAAUCAGCAAAGUCAAGUCUAGAAAGCAGACACCAUGAAUGAAUAAGGGAUAAAUACGGCUUCAAUGUGAACUAAAGGUAAUUUAUAAGAAUGUUUUUAACCAAAACGGUAAUAGUUAAUUAAUAAAAUACUUAUUAAUUAGGUGAUUUCAUAUUAGCCCAGUUAUUUGUCCUCGGUCAGCUGUAUUUGCCUUCGCCCUUUCGGGCUCAGGCAAAUACAGCUAACCUCGGACAAACAACUAGGCCAAUAUGAAAUCACCUAAUUAAUAACAUUAUAGUAUAUAUUGAUUGGGCCAUAUACUGUAGUACCAAGGUUUUCAGUGGUAAUGUUUUUGUUUGUUUUUUUAAGUUACUUCUAUUUGAGAAUGCAUGUUUUAAUGCAUUGAGUAAUAUUGGCUUUAACUUCUUCCCAAUCCACUAGUUAUUUGCGUUUAUAAAUCUCAAAUCAGGUGCACAUGUAUAGCUAUUCGAUCGACUUAGCACACCCGUAAAACAUCCAUUUAUGUACAGUUUAUGUAUAUAUUAUAUAUAUUGCUUAUGUAUCACGUAUUGCUUAAAGGACUUUGCAUAUCUUUAAUAAAGUUUCAAAAGUUUCCCAUCGCGUUGUAGCUAUCACAUUCUUCGUUCUGAAAGGUUGAAAUGAAAAGUAGAUUUAUUCCUGAAAACAAAACUUCUUAAAAGUUUGCGGAUACUCAAUAAGGACAUUAAAAACAGGCUGCUGCAUUCAUUUUAAAAGUGAUUUUUUUCCAAAUGUUCUUUUUGCGUUCUAAACGCCAUGUGGACAUAUCUUUUCACUAUUCACACACAAUUGUGGAAUAUCUUUAAAUCCAUUUGGGAUAAAUGUGAACUGUCAAAAACACAUUUGCCAAUCACAUGUUUCACAAAUGUUGGUGCAUAUGCUAAUACCGUUGGUAGUUUAUACGUUUAGAAAGUUCAGAAGCUAAUACUUUUUCUAUCUGUUCGCCUUUGUGACCGUGGCGGUUUUAGAAUUCAUGAGGUGUUCCUACAGAAACAAAAGGUGUUUUCGGUGGUUGAGUUGUGGUAGUGCUGCUGCUGUUGCUGCUGCUGCUGCUGCUGCUGCUGAUGAUGAUGAUGAUGAUGAUGAUGACGAUGACGAUGAUGAUGAGGAGGAGGAGGAGGAGAAGGCAGGCGUAUUGCUGUUAGUCGCUCUUGUGGCAUGGUCGGAGGGGCAGUCAGCUGACCUAUCCUGUCCGAAUGAAGUUGAGGCUGAAACGGAUAGUCUAGCCGCCGAAGGGAUUUACUCCCUUAACAAGUUUGAACAAAUCCAUGGUAAAGAUGCUGAGAUAGUCAAAGAAAGACUUGGAGUAUCGGCGACACAAGAAACGAUUGCAAAUCAAAUGAAGAUUGAGAUGGAUGCGAAUAGGGAGCUUGCGGAGUUCGUUAAUGGCGAGAGGGAGGCAGAUGCACAAGUGGCCGAUUUAGCUUUUCCCAACUACAGUCACACCUGUCCGUAUAAAUGGAUAAGUCUGUCUUGGUCCUGGUACUACUGGAGAAUUGUUGUGUCCAAUAAGCCAAAAGUCUUGAAGUUCUGCAUUCCCUACUACAACGUUUGGGUGACCCGCUGUUAUUACAAAAACUGCCACAACAGCUACAGCUGGUUUCCAAACGAUCUGCGCUUCCGAUGUUUCGAUGAGUACAGAUAUAUCCGGGUUCGUGCUCUAUGUCUGAAGAUUACCUAUGAUGAUGUUCCAAAGGUUGAUUGGGUGUCCUGCGUUAUCCCCAUACGCGUCCCUUACGGCUGCUGUUGCCGGAAGUACUGGCCGUUCAUCACCGCGCAAUCCGAUGCUUGCGCGGUCAAGGGUUAACCAACAGGAGAAUGAUCCUGAUAAACACUUUUUCAAUAAGAUAUUUAAAAGAUUUACUAGUAACUUCAAUAUUCUUACAUCGGUAUGAACGUCAUGACAUUGAUGUUGUUUUGUUUACCUCUGUCUAAAAUUUGUGUUCAUUUUUAACACUGAUAAAACGUUGCGAUCAUUCAAAUAUGUGGCAAAGAAAUAAAACUAUGACACUGUAAGAUGAUUUCAAUUUACGACUAAAAUCAACUAAGAUCUUAUUGAAACAGUCGCUGUGUCGGUUUUCAUGAAAACUCUUAUUAAUAAGUUAAAUACUAACUAAAUAAUGCUAAUUGAAGUUUCUCACUAGUCAUAUGAUACAAUUUUCUUGAUUAUGACAAAAAUAUUUAAUUUUCACAAAAUUGAAUCGUUUAUGCAUAACGUUUAAUUAAGAUAUUUUAAUUUGACUAUGAUAUUUCUAAGAAUUUGACUUAAGUUAGUAAAAGUCUUAAGACGUUGUUAUGAUCACCGGCCAAGCGGAACAAAGGUAACUGAACAUGUCUAAAUACGGCGUUUUUGUACAUAAUUUCUGAAAAAGAACUGUCCAGAUUAUUUGUGUUUGAACAUACUUAAUGCGGUGAGAAAGUACGUUUCUGUAUAUGAAUUUAAUUGAUAAGUUUAAUAAUUAAGUUCAACCAUAUGCAAACACGGUACAUCUUAAGAUUAAUUUAGACAAACGCUUGAAGAUGCAAAUUUAUGUUGUUACAUUAGUAUACUUGGCGCUUUUGAAAAUGUACAGUUUCAACAAAUAGGUUGUUUUUUUUAGGGGUGGGGGGGGGAGUAUACCAUUGGAAACAAGGUGAAAUAUACAAUACUUCAGUGUUAAAUGUUAUCAGUUAGACAUCAGGGAAGUAGCUUUGCUGAAAAGUGAGUGAAAACACUGUGUAGGCCGUGUUCUCGUGAAUUCCGCUAUUCUGGGAACAAACCCUCUUCGGAUUUUGUGUAUGUCGUAUAAAUAAGAAUGCGACAGUCUUCAUACUCGUUUUUGUUCUCGAUUUUUCGGGAAAAUAUGAAGGCCACGGCAUACAUUGCCGUAAGGUAGAUACGCCCCUGGAUAUAAGUGCUCAUUUCUGUCAAAUAUGUAUGUACAGUUUACAAACAGCACAAACUUGCGUUUUAUCAGCAUUAACUAUAUGACCAUGACCCUUUAAUUCGUUUCAAGAACAAUAUUUAUGACUUUGGAAACACCUGCUACAUAUCUUACUGCACUACCUUGUAUUUUUCACAAAUAAACCAGUUGGGGAGUAGAUCUCGGACACUUUUUGAAGAGUUUUCAAGAUAUCUACCUGAUCUGUAGAGAUAUUCGACAUUUUUUUUCUAAAUAGAAAACUUCAGCUCCUUUUUUGGUAAGAAACGUAUUCAACAGGCUGAAAUUAAGGAACAUAUCUUGUUUUCUUUAAUUUGGAAAUAGGUUGAACAAUAGGAUGGAUUUUUCGGUCUGACAAUAAUGGUUCUCGGAUCGUGUCUGAAAAUGACGUUAUUUUAAAUAACAAAAUCCUUACUUGACGUCCCAAGACACCAGACAUUAGUGGUCUGUUGAAUAGACACAACAAUGCUAGCAAAUACGAUAAACGUGUUACUUUUUCUAAACAAAAAAUACAUCACAAAACUCCGAAUGAUUUUUAACAGGCACUUGGUAUGUAAAUUUGAAUCAAGGCAAACAUCGUGAUUGUCAGAUAUUUACUACUGUCCGAGAUCUACUCCCAUACUGGUAUUAUAAAAGCUUGUUAAUAAUGAACGCUUAUAUAUGUUAAUAAAUGAUGUAUACCAUUU